CAAUCGUCACCAACAUCAAUAAGUCAUUCUACACCAAUAAUGGCGGCAAACAACGAACAAUUCUACCUCCGUUACUAUAGCGGCCAUAGCGGUCGCUUCGGUCAUGAAUUCCUAGAAUUCGACUUCCGAGUCCUCGGCGAUGGUAGGAGCGCAACGGCUCGUUACGCUAACAACUCAAACUACCGUAACGACUCGUUGAUCCGGAAAGAGAGCAACUCUUUGAUGAUUAAGGAAAUUAAGAGGAUUAUCAAGGAGAGUGAGAUCAUGAAGGAAGACGAUAGUAAAUGGCCGCAAAAGAAUAAGGACGGGCGUCAGGAGUUGGAGAUUCGUCUGGGCAACGAACAUAUCUCGUUCGAAACUGCGAAGAUAGGAUCGCUUGUUGACGUCCAGGAAAGUGCUGAUCCUGAGGGGUUACGUGUUUUCUACUACCUUGUUCAGGAUCUGAAAGCCUUGGUGUUCUCGUUGAUCAGUCUGCACUUUAAGAUCAAGCCUAUUUAAGUUCGGGACGAUGUCGGAGAGAAAGUGAUGUAGUAGAAGGGCUGUAAUACUAGCGGGGUUUUCACCUUUUUUCACGAAGAUAAUGUGAUGCGUUUGCCGAGGUGGCCAUAUGCUCUACGCUCUACUAUAAUUGCUCCUUACCUGUGAUGGAAAUAUUAUGUGGCCGUAAAAAAAGCCUUCCAUAUAUAUACUGAAAGCUAUAUACAACAUGAAAGGUGACUCCCAAAA